UUUCUAGGACCGGCGGACUACGAAUGAUUGUAGCAGUAUCUGUUUCCGUUUUCUCAACAGGGGAAAAAAUCCUUUACAUGUUAUUAUUGUAAAGAGAGAUUAACCGGCUUCCACUGAUUUCACAUGAACGGAUUAAAAUGCAGUCGGACGACGCACAAUAUCUGAAACGGAAAGUAAAGCCAGGGAAUAUAGACGUGCAUCCCACAGAAAAAGCGUUAGUGGUUCACUAUGAGGUGGAGGCAGCCAUCCUGGGCGAAAAGGGAGAUGCUAUGCACGAGGAACGAAAGGAGUCUCAAAAAAUUAUACGACUGAGAAGUCUUAACGCCAGCACUGAUGUAGCUUCCCUGGCCCGGAAGGUGGUGGAGGAAUGCAAACUCAUCCACCCGUCCAAACUGGCCGAGGUGGAGCACUUGAUCUUCUACUUACAGAACCGGAAAAAGCCCAGCAGUAAAGUAGAGAAAGAGGAGAAGAAGCUAGUCAAACCCAGAGAGCUCACCCCAUUUGAAGGCAUGGAGAUUGAUGAGGAGGCCAACAUUAAUAAGAUCGAUGACUAUGUGGAGUUGCUGUAUGAGGAUGUCCCAGAGAAGAUCCGUGGCUCCACACUCAUCCUCCAUCUGGCCCGUAACCCUGACAACUUGGAGGAGCUAUUGCACAAUGAAACAGCUCUAGGAGCUCUGGCUAGAGUGUUGAGAGAGGACUGGAAGCAUAGCGUGGAGCUGGCCACCACAAUUGUCUAUAUCUUCUUCUGCUUCUCCAGCUUCUCACAGUUCCAUGGGCUGAUCACACACUAUAAGAUCGGCGCUCUGUGCAUGAACAUUGUGGAGCACGAGCUGAAGAGAUAUGACCUGUGGCAGGAUGAACUGCAGAAGAAAAGCAAGGCUUGUGACGAUGAUCCUGACAACCAGAAUCUGAGAAGGGAGCAUGAAAAAGCCUACAAAAAAUAUCAGAGUCUUUUGGUGAAACAGGAGCAGCUUCUUCGAGUGGCUCUGUAUCUCCUGCUGAACCUGGCAGAGGAUACACGGACAGAGCUAAAGAUGAGGAACAAGAACAUUGUGCACCUACUGGUAAAGACCCUGGAUCGGGACAACGAGGAGCUGCUGGUGUUGGUGAUCUCCUUCCUCAAGAAGCUCAGCAUUUUUCUAGAGAACAAGAACGACAUGGCGGAGAUGGACAUUGUCGAGAAGCUGGCCUGCCUGGUGCCAUGCGAUCACGAGGACGUGAUGAACGUCACCCUGCGACUCCUCCUCAACCUCUCCUUCGAUACGGGACUCCGCACCAAGAUGGUGCAAGUGGGCCUGCUGCCCAAGAUCACAGCUCUGCUCGGCAAUGAGACCCAUAAGCAGAUUGUGAUGUGCAUCCUGUACCACAUCAGCAUGGACGACCGCGCCAAGUCCAUGUUCGCCUACACUGAGUGCAUCCCUCAGUUGAUGAAGAUGCUGUUUGAACACAGAGAGGAGAAGAUUGAUUCUGAGCUGAUCUCCUUCUGCAUCAACCUGGCGGCUAACAAGAGGAAUGCACAGAUUAUCUGUGAAGGAAAUGGCCUGAAGAUGCUAAUGAAGAGGGCUCUUAAGUUUAAGGACCCCCUGCUUAUGAAAAUGAUUAGGAAUGUUUCACAGCACGAUGGCCCUCUCAAACAGCUCUUCCUGCAUGCUAAGUGGUCGUGUGGCAUACUGCAGGAUUAUGUGGGUGACCUCGCUGCUCAGAUCAGUCCAGAGGAGGAUGAGGAGUUUGUGAUUGAGUGCUUGGGAACACUGGCAAACCUCACCAUUCCUGACCUGGACUGGGAACUCCUGCUGAGGGAAUAUAAUCUGGUGCCCUAUCUCAAAGACCGCCUUAAACCUGGCUCAGCGGAGGAUGACCUGAUCCUGGAGGUGGUUAUUAUGAUCGGCACUGUGUCCAUGGAUGAUUCCUGUGCCGCCAUGCUGGCCAAGUCGGGCAUCAUCCCUGCCCUGAUCGAGCUUCUCAAUGCCCAGCAAGAAGAUGACGAGUUUGUGUGCCAGAUCAUUUAUGUUUUCUAUCAGAUGGUCUUCCAUCAAGCCACCAGAGAUGUCAUCAUUAAGGACACUCAGGCUCCUGCCUAUCUCAUCGACCUCAUGCAUGACAAGAACACCGAAAUCAGGAAAGUGUGUGACAACACGUUGGACAUUAUAGCAGAGUAUGACGAGGAGUGGGGUCGUAAGAUCCAGAGUGAGAAGUUCCGCUGGCACAAUUCCCAGUGGCUGGAGAUGGUAGAGAGCAGACAGAUGGACGACUCUGAGCCCUACCUCUAUGGAGACGACCCAGAUGCCCUGGAGAGACCUGACCUCUUCUACAGUACUGAUGGGAUGUCUUCUGAGCCAGGCCUCAGCCCAGAGCCCUACGGUCAAUUCCACUCUCCAAACGGAGACUUCAGCGUCUGCAAUGGAUCCAAUGGGCGUCCUGCCACUGCCUACGGUUUUCGCCCGGACGAACCCUUCUACCAGGGGCAUGGAGCUUCCAGCUAGAGGCGACGCAUCAUCACCGGCCUGGUUCUCCGCUCCCAUGCUUUCUGACCAGGGGAACAGGCUGAAGCUUUUUACACCAGGGGUCCAGAUUAGACCGUCACAUGCAGACAGCAAGGGUGGAUUGAGAUUGAGAUUGCCUAAGGCUGCUCUUUAGUUCAAGGAUCGGCAUAACCUGGGGGCUGACCAUAGGCGAGCAUCCCCCAUGCUGAACUGUCGCUCCGUACAGGGUAGAGUGACACACUGCAUAUUGUGAUGUCGCUGUGAAGAGAACUGAUUCAUAGUUGUGUUUUUUUUUUUUGUUUUUUUUUUUGUAGUGCUCAUGUUAACUUUACUGAAAUGUGUUGCCAUUUUUAGUAUAGGCUUAUUAUUUAUUUAUAUUAUUUAUACAUCCUUUUUAAGGUUCAUUUUUGUUUUUAUUAAUAAUGAACAGACUGCACUUUAAUAUUAACCUUGGCAUAACCAAUUAACUGUAAUUUAACUCUUCCAUUCCAGUCUACUUUUCUGGCUAAAAUGUCAUACAUACUUGAAUGUGUUUACAUAAUUUCUCUUUUUUCUGUUUGUUAGUGUUCUUGAACUGUUGCAUUGUGUUUAUCUUGCAGAAACUCCAUUGUCCUCUGUCUAAAGAAUAACCCAGCAAUUUAUUCAUUGCAAGAUACAGCAACUGCAAACACUUUAUCAUACAUGAUGAAUUAUGAAAUUCUAAAACACUUUGUAGGCUGAUGGAAUACGUAAACUUACUGAUGUGCAACCUUACUUAUUUAAUUUGUACAGAUCGUAGUAUAUUUAAUUUUAUGUAAUUUCAAAUGCUUGCAUAGUAUGUGUAGAAUUAAGAUAAUUAAGGUCAAACAGGCAGUAUUAACUUCAAAACUGGUAUUUCCAGUUGUGUGUCUGUGUGUUUGACUGACUGACUACCUGGGUUUACAGGGUCUAUUCUCAAAGAUCUGCUGAAGUUAGCAUCUUUGUUGGUCUGAUAUUGUGAUUAAUAUUUGUUUGUUAUUAUUAAUAAUUUGACACUGUGUGUGUCUGUCUUUGUUUCUGUGUAGUAAUGGGAGAGAGGAAACCCACUUUUAAUGUUUACCUAAUUUUUUUUUUUUUCAUCACUGUCAAAGAUGCUCAUUAUUUAUGUUAAAAUUAAUUAUAAUAUUUCUAUCAUUACCAAUUGCUUUACUGCUUUUUAUGGUUCAUAUUAACCGAAUUGCAUUCUUUACAAAAGGUGCCUGGUUAGAUCAUAAACACAUUUACUGCUAUAAGGACCUAGAAGCCUAGAAUCAGUAGCCUUACUCAUUAUAAAACAUAAAGGUACCAUUUUACAAAAAGACUCUACUUACAAAAGUUUAUAAAUAACUUAAAAUGAGUUAGGUAAUAGGUAUUAAUUAUUAUGGUUGUUUAUGUUUAAGUUACAUAAAUAAAAAUGGAAAUAAUGACCUGUUGCUUGA